AUGAAUGAAGCAAAGUACGUCGCCUAUGCCAUGGAAGGGAACUGCAGAGGACUCCAGAGACGCCCUGGGGAGCUGAGCCACCCCAGGGAGUCAGAGGCCACCAAAAAAACCUCUAAAACUGCUCUGCGCUCCUUGAUCCCGCUCCUUGAUCCGCAGGUUCACAGGAGGCCUCAGCCAGGCUCCUGCGGGAACCAUGUUUGCAACCAGUAUGACAAUGAUGUUACUGUUUGGAGCCCUCAGGGCAGGAUUCAUCAAAUCGAAUAUGCAAUGGAAGCUGUCAAACAAGGUUCAACCACAGUUGGUCUGAAGUCAAAAACUCAUGCAGUGCUGGUUGCAUUGAAGAGAGCACAGUCAGAAAUUGUAGUUCAUCAGAAAAAAAUUCUCCAUGUUGAUAACCAUAUUGGUAUCUCAAUUGCUGGACUUACUGCUGAUGCUAGACUUUUAUGUAAUUUUAUGUGCCAGGAGUGUCUGGAUUCCAGAUUUGUACUUGACAGACCUCUUCCUGUGUCUCGUCUUGUAUCUCUAAUUGGAAGCAAAACCCAGAUACCGACGCAACGAUAUGGCUGGAGACCAUAUGGUGCUGGGCUGCUUAUUGCUGGUUAUGGUGAUAUGGGCCCUUACAUUUUCCAAACCUGUCCGUCUUUUAACUAUUUUGACUGCAGAGCUAUGUCUAUUGGAGCCUGUUCUCAAUCAGCUCGUACUUACUUGGAGAGACAUAUGUCAGAGUUUAUGGAGUGCAAUUUGAAUGACCUGGUUAAGCAUGGUCUGCGUGCCUUACGGGAGACACUUCCUGCAGGACAGGACCUAACUACAAAGAAUGUUUCCAUUGGAACUGCUGGUAAAGACUUAGAGUUUAUGAUUUAUGAUGAUGAUGAUGUGUCUCCGUUCCUGGAAGGUCUUGAAGAAAGACCCCAGAGAAAGGCACAGCCUGCUCAACCUGCUGAUGAACCUGCAGAAAAGGCUGAUGAACCAAUGGAACAUUAAAUGAUAGACCAGUCUGUAUGUGGAUUAUCAAACAUGUAUGAAUGCAGGAACACAUACUGAGGACAAUAAUUUAUACUUUGAACCAAAAGAUGCAGAAUGGUGGAAUGGUAUGUUUUAGGAAUCAGUCCAGAAGUGAGGUUUUUCCAAGCAACUUUACUGAAACCAUACAAUGGGGUGCAUUUUUCUUUAAGAGGGUCUAUAUAAUCAUUUUCUAGAAAGUAUAGCUAUCUGUACUAAUGUUUUUAUAUGGAGAACAUAGUGUCUUUGUGGUUUUAAAGAUAACUGUGAAAUAAAAUUGUUCU